ACCAGCGGUGGCUCCACCCCAACAAAGAGAGUCGUGUCUCUGCAGACAAACUCACCUGUUAAAUCUGGUCCAGCAACAAACAACGUUCACCAUCAGCCACCAUCAGGGUCGAAACCUGACCGAGCAGCACGACAGAAGACCUACUGCAGAACUGAGCUCAAUUGGACACCAUGGCCUCCACCUUCUCCGUGCGCAGCUACUCGGUGCGUCAGCCUUCCUUCUCCAGCAUGUCUGUGAGGGACAGCGGACGCAGCAUCCGCACCAAGCCUCCCAUCUCCGUCAGCACGCUGUCCCGCUCUGUCUCCAUGGGCAACGGCCUCAACAUGCUGGGCUCCAGCUACUCCUUCAACGGCCUCGGUGCCGCCGCCAGCGAGAAGGAGACCAUGCAGUGCCUCAACGACCGGCUGGCCAACUACCUGGAUAAGGUGCGCUCGCUGGAGAGGUCCAACGCUGAGCUGGAGGUGAAGAUCAAGCAGCUCAUGUUGGAGAAGGCGCCAAAAGGGCACGACAUUGAGGGGAUGAUGGCUCAGGCACACGCCAUCGGGCAGGAGGUGAGAAAGAAGACGCUGGAGAACGCCCGCAUCAUGCUGGAGAUUGAUAACGCCAAGCUGGCGGCCGAUGACUUCAGGGUCAAAUGGGAGGCGGAGGCCACCUUGUGCCAGUCGGUGGAGAGAGACUGUCAGGCUCUGAAGAGGGCAAAGUCCGACCACGACCAGAUGAUCGCCACCCUGCGAGGAGACCUGGACAGCCUGAAGGAGGAGCUCUACUUCCUCAAGAAGAAUCACGACGAGGAGAUGAGUUCGAUGAAGUCUCGUCUGGCCAACGAGCAGGUGAGCGUGGAGGUGGACGCGGUUCACGGUCCUGAUCUGGGAGCCAUCAUGGCUGAGCUGAGGGUCCAGUAUGAGGGCAUCAGUCGCAAGAACAAGGAGGACGCCGAAACCUGGUACCUCAGGAAGUUGGAAUCGGUGCAGUCGGAGGUCAAAGAAAGCAACGACGCUUUGCGUUGUUCCCAAAACGAGCUCAGUGAGAGACGACGUUUCCUGCAGGCUCUGGAGGUCGAACUCGACAGUCUUCGGAAGCAGGUGGCAGUGUUGGAAGGAAACCUGGGAGAAACGGGGCACAAGUACUCCGUGGAGAUGGAGCGUCUUCAGGCCACGCUGACCCAUCUGGAGGACGAGCUGUCUCAGCUGCGUCUGGACAUGCAACGCAACAAGACCGACUACGAACAGCUGCUGCGCAUCAAACAGAACCUGGAGAUGGAGAUCGCCACUUACAGGAGGCUGUUGGAGGGAGAGGAAAUGGUGAAAGUAACACCUCCGCCUCCUAAAAAAGAACCCGAUGUAAGGACCAGGAAGAUUGUAAAAGUCGUCACCCAGACUAUGAUCAACGGCAAGGUGGUGGAUGAGUCCAGCGAGGUGGAGCAGAUCGAGGAGCGCAAAAAAUGAGCCAAAGUGUGUGAAGAGGAGAAUCAGUGAUGUCUCUUAAACCCAAAGUGCCCGCUGGCUCUGGUUUAAGUCUCACCGCCAAGACCUUGAUGUUUUAUGUCUUCCUUAUUUUGUGUUUUAAUGCCUUCAGCUUGCCAAAAAAAAAAAUACUAAAUGGAUUGAAAAUAAAAAAAUUUAACUAAAAUAUAACAUGAUAUAAUUCUGUACAUAUGAUAUCACUAAAAUGGAAGAAGAAACUCUUAAAUCGCGAUAUAAUGAGAAAAGUUUGAAUAGUCUGUUUGAUUAUAACUGUCCAAAGAUUUAUCUGUAUAUGAUCUGUAGAUUGAGUUUGCUCAGUUGUCAUCAAAAUGUGAAACAUCCAGAAAAAGCUCGUAGGUUGAUAUUUUUUGGUCAAGCUGCUGUUUUUAAGGUCAAGAAUGAGCUUUCACACUUAUUUAAAUUGAAAGGAAUAGUUUGUCUUUUUUGGGGGAAUACGCUCCUUCACUUUCUUGCAGAGAGUUUAGGCCUUCGCACACCAAAUCUGUAUUUUUUUGUUUGAAAUUGUCGCACAUUUAAAAAUAAAUACGACCUCACGUUGUUACAAUCACGUUAACACAACGACACUGAAACUUUCAUCCGUCAUUAAAGUUUUCGGAACAGGUUCGAUUUUUUUUUUAAAACUAUAUUUUUAUCGGGGUUUUCCCAAUUCUAACAAACAUUACAUAUUGACAAAAUACAGUAUACCAUCAAAUGAUUAUGCAAGUAAAACAAGUUUGAUAUUUGGCGUUUUUUCCGCAUCUAUUAACAGCCGGAGAGAGGGUUGUUUGACCACUCAGAGCCACCGUCUGUGCAAAUGUCAUCAUCCAAAAUGUCAUCUGACGUCUCCCAGCACAAAGCACUUUAUGAGAUGUGUAAUUUAAAGAUAGAUUGUGGUAGGAGAUUGCAGAACAGUUGGAAUCUGGGAUGGUUGCAAAACAAAAGAUGUAGGAAAGAUUAGACAGUAGUGAUUGUGCUCUAGGCAGCUAAACCACAGCUUCUUGCUAAUGUCAUUCAUUCAUUAGCCCUGUUAGAGACUAGCGCUAUCCAUUACACACACGUAAUUAAUUAAGUUUUUUCUUGUAUUGCUAAUUUUCGCAACGAAGAGUAUAAUAAAAAGCAUCGGACUCAAUGUGCAAGGUUUCUGUGUGUAACAUUUUUUUAUCGGAU